AUGCCUUCCUUAAUUCAUAUGCCUGAAGUUGCUAUGACUAAAAUUUUAGCGAAAUUGGAUUUUCCCGAUGUUCAAUCCCUGCGAAAAACCUGCUGGGACCUGCGAAACACCAUUGACGACCUUAAACCAGACCCACGCGUUCUCCGAUCCGUGAUUCGUGUCGACACAGAUUUUAUCGAUUGGAAAUUGGACUUUGACAAUGGAUAUUAUAUCUAUCCUAAAGGAAAAUUCAUAAGAAUACAGUAUAAUCAAGUGGAGAACGGAUGCCAGGUGAUCUGGUAUAGAAGUGACGGGAGGAGAGAGAAGUUUCUGGAGAAUAUGGAUUUUUUGGAGGCUUUUUGUUUGGAUUUCGAGGCUAACAUGAAGUUUCAACAAUCUGAACUUGGAAACUUCAUUAUUAAUUUUGAGUAUUUCAAAUUUGCCCAUGAGAAGUUUCUGGAAAUCGAGAGCAAGCUGAUGCCACGAUUACAAACGAUUCUCUCCGGAAGAGACCCACUAAAAACCAAAAAUUUCUCGAUGGUAGUCUUCAAAAUGAGCUCAAUUCUUGCAAUAUUGCCUUAUCUGAACGCCAAGACCAUCAAGAGAAUCACGAUGACAGAUUCGACGCAAGGACCAGUGCCAGAUAUAGGGAAAUGGAGAAUCGAUGAGUUGAUGGAGUUGCCGCAUUGGAAAAAUGCAGUAGAGUUGGAUAUAAUUGAUGUGUUUGUGGAGGAUGUGCCAGUCGAGAAGUUUUUGGGAUUCAAGAGGAUUUAUAUAUUUGUGGAGGUAGUGAACAUGGAGCAGGUUUUGGAGUGGAAGGAGGCCUUCCUCAACUUUCCCACCCUGGAUUCCAUUCUAAUCAAGUUUUCCUCGAGUGACGCUGUUUCUCGUUUCAUCUCAACCUAUGGGGACCCUGUGUCGGACAUUGAUAUGUUUGGAUCGCAACGAAAAUGUUGGUUCUUCAAAGUACCAAGUGUGCAAGUUAGUCUCUAUGAUGCGCAGUUUCGAAUUCAACGGUUGGAAGAAUUUCCUGAGAAUGGGAAGAUUUUGAAUAAUUAUUAA